AUGGUUAUAAAAAACAUAUCGGGAGAUAUAAUAAAACAUUAUGUAAGGAAUAAUGAAUUAAAAAGAAGAUGUUUGAAAACAUUAGAUAUAUAUAAAAAUAAUAAAUCAAAUUUAAAUAUUAUCCAUUUAAGUAAUUAUGUUAAAAACUUACUCUUAGGUUUAUCAAAUGAUGAGGUGUCAGUAGAUGAGAAUUUUAUGAAAAAAAUAAAUGAAAGGAAUAAUAAAUAUAUUGUAUUUAAUAAUAUAUCAAAAGAAUGUAAUAAUAAUAAAAUAAAAUAUGUAUAUAAAUAUAAUUGUGAUAUGAAAAAUAUUGUAUAUAUAUUUAAUAAUAAUAUAAUGUAUAGAAAUAAUAUCAGUAUUGAUAUGAAGAAAUGUUAUAAAAAUGAAAGAAUAAGAAAAAAUUUUCAUACGUUGAAUAAAAUAUUUUUAAAAGGAGAGAAUGUAAUACAAGAUAAUAGAAAAGUUAAAGAAGAUAAGAAUGAUAGUAAUAAUAUAAAAAUGAAUAAAAUGUAUGAUCAUGAUGAUCAUCAUAAUAAUAAUAAUAUUUAUAGUAAUUUAAAUAAGAAUGAUAGUAAUAAUAUAAAAAUGAAUAAAAUAUAUGAUCAUGAUGAUCAUCAUAAUAAUGAUAAUAUUUAUAGUAAUUUAAAUAAGAAUGAUAGUAAUAAUAAAAUAUAUGAGAUAUAUGAGAUAUUACAUAAAUAUGAAAAGAGUAUUAAUUUUUAUAAAUAUAUGUUUAUUAUGAAUAGUUUAGUUGUAAUAUUAAUAUUAUGUGGUUUAUUUGUUUUUACUGGUGAUAUAAUAAAUAAAUAUAUUAUAAAUAAAAUUGAGAAGGUAUUAGAAGAUAUAAAGAAUUCAAAAGAAAUUGAAAAUAAUUUAAAAGAAAUUAUUAAUAGUUUAAUAUAUAAUGUAGUUAUGCAAGAGAAAAAUAAAAUGAUUACUUCAGCUUUUUUUAUUGAUGUUUUAAAAAAUUCAAGAAAAGAUAUGGAAAAUGUAUUUAUAGAUAUUUUAGAAACAGAACAAGUAAAAAAUAAAUUAAGAAAUGUAUUUCAAGAUAUUUCUAUAUAUUUAUGUAAUAAUAAAGAAGUACAAAAAAAAGUAGCAUUUCUAUUAGCAGAAGCUAUACAUCUACCAGUAUCAAUUUCUAUAUCAAAAAAAUGGUUAAAUGAUUUAUUUAAUUCAGAAGAAGUUACACAAAAUAUGAGAAAUAUUAUAUAUAAAGAAUUAUUUAAAAAUGAUGAAAUGAUAAAUCAUUCCAUUGGAUAUUUACAAUAUAUACUCUUAAAUACUUUACAGAAUAAAAAUACACAUGAAAUGACAAAAUUAUUUUUAAAUUCUAUAAUAUCAAAUCAAGAAUUCCAAAUACAAUUGUCUGAACAUGUCUGGAAAAUUUUCAAAUUAGCUUUAUCCCCAAAAUGGAUGAAUAAUGAAGACUUCAAAAUUGUUUUAAAAGAUAGUAGAGGUGUAGAAAAAAUUAUUAAAAAAGAAUUUAAUGUCAAUAAUAAAAACGUAAACACUAUCAGUUGUGAAAUUGAUAACAAUGUUAAUAUGAAUGGAAAUUAUAAUAGUUCUGAUCAUUUAUCGCUCAUCAAUAAAAACUUCUCAGCAAAUGAUAAUAAAAAUAUUAAAAAUGAUAGAUGUGAUGGAAUCAACAAUGACACAUGUGAUGAAAUGGAUAACAUUAAAUGUGAUGAUAUUAAAAAGGUCAAAUGUCAUGAUAUUAAAAAUGUCAAAUGUCAUGAUAUUAAAAAUGUCAAAUGUGAUGAUAUUAAAAAUGUCAAAUGUGAUGAUAUUAAAAAUGUCAAAUGUGAUGAUAUUAAAAAGGUCAAAUGUAAUCAUAUUAAAAAUGUCAAAUGUGAUGAUAUUAAAAAUGUCAAAUGUAAUCAUAUUAAUAACCAUAAUGAUCAGAGUGGUGGUUAUAUGUCUUUGGUUGCUUCUGAAGAAGGAAAAACCAAAAUGAAUAUUAAAUAUAUAGACGAGAAAUUAAAUAAAGAUAAUAUUAAAUAUAUAGAUAAUAUAACAAUGAAAGAAAAAAAUAGUAUAGAUGAAAAUAUUUUUAUUCCAUUAAAAUAUCCUAUUAAUCAUACUUGUAAUGAUCAGAGCAUGUGUAAUAUUUGUCAACAUUUUAAUCAGAAAUUAAAAAAUGAAAUAAAAUUUAUUCUUCAUAUUUUUCAAAAUUAUGAAAACAAUCAAACAAAUAAUUUCAUCAAUAAUAAUUCUAUAUCUAUAAAAUCAUAUGAAUAUCAAAAGAAUUUAAAUUUUAAUCAAAAUCAAAAUAAAACAUUACAAUUAAAUAUUAUAACAGACACAUUAAAAUCUUUAUUAAAUUCUUCACAUAUCUUUUUUGAUAAAACGAUUCUACGUAUUCCUACAUAUAAAAUUCAAAAUGUUCAAGAAAUGCACGCUAAAUUUACAUAUCCAUUUCUUCUCAAUAUUUUUAAACACAUGAAUACAAAAACAGAUAAUAAUAAAUCACAAUCUAUGCAAGAUAAUUUAAAUCAUAUACAUAAUGUAAUAUAUAAAUAUUCAUUCAAGGAAAAAAUACAUUUAACUCUAGUUGAUAUGUUUUUAUUUUAUUCUUAUAAAUAUUAUUUUUAUUAUUAUUAUGUCAUAAAAUUAAAGUGCAUAUUGCACGACCUUUUUAAGCCAAAAUAA